AUGUCUGCCAUUGCCAUCUGGCCACUGAUGGUGCUGCCCACACCAAUGGCAGCGGCCUGUCUGCUGGCGAGCGUUUUAGGCUACGCCUCCACCGUCUACGGUCUCGAGCCCUCCCCAACAGACACCCCCCACCUGACAGCCCUCAUCCGUCUCUACUUCAUCUACUCGCUCGUUCUAACCGUGGACGCAGCCUGGUUGAUCUCCUCGGCCAUCCUUUGGCCUCUGGCCCACACACGCAAGUGCGACUUCAAGAGCGCAUCGUCUCGUCGCAGAUGGCGCAAAGUGAGCCUGGCCAUCAACGCGGUCAUGCUGCUUCUCAUCGUCGUGUUUGGACCUUGCGCGCUUGCUUAUGCAGCCAAAGACAUCUACGACGACUUGGCGAACGGCUGGAUCGAGGGACAAGCACCGAUCUUUGGGGUAUUGGUAGUCUUGAGUGGGAUUACAUUGGUGGCCAAUUGGGCUUGGAGGACGGAGGAGGGGGAUGAAUGGGACGACGAGAAGGGCGAUGAGGGUGGAGACAAGGUCGCAUUUGCCAGGGCAUAG